AUGAUCUUUCAACGCCUCGUUGGCCUUUUGGCCGCCUCUGCCGGUCUGGCGCACGCCACCAACCUCACUGGAUAUGAAUAUGUCGUCGUCGGUUCGGGAGCCGGUGGUGGCCCUCUCGCUGCUCGUCUCGCCCUGGCUGGUCACAAGACUCUUCUGAUCGAGGCUGGUGACGACCAGGGAAUGAACCUCAACUACACCAUCCCCGCCUACUCUGCCCGUUCCUCCGAGGACGAGGCCCUGGCCUGGAACUUCUUCGCCCGUCACUACGCCGACGACGAGAGACAGGCCAAGGACUUCAAGACCACCUACGAAACCCCCGAUGGCGGCGAGUACACCGGCCUCGCCCCUCCCGAGGGCUCCAAGAUGAAGGGAACCCUGUAUCCGCGAACCGGCACGCUGGGAGGAUGCACCGCCCACAACGCCCUGAUUGCCGUCUACCCCCACCAGUCCGACUUUGAAUACAUCGCCACCCUCACCGGUGACAACUCCUGGGCCCCCGACAACAUGCGCGACUACUUUGUCCGCAUGGAGAAGAACGGCUACCUGCUCCCUGGCAUGAAGGGCCACGGCUACGACGGCUGGUUCAGCACCGAGACUGCCCCUCUCAGCAUCGUCCUCGAGGAUCCCCAGCUGUUGAGCAUGCUCACUGGCGGUGCUUUUGCCCUGGGUAACCUCACUGACAACCUCAUGAACUUUGGCACUCUCCUCGCGGGCGAUGCCAACUCCGCUGCCAAGACCCGCGACACCGAGAAUGGAUACUACCAGAUCCCCAUUGGUACUGACGAUGCCCACCGCAACGGUGCCCGCGAGUUCAUCGUGGCUGUCCGUGACGCCAAGAACGACGAUGGCACCAAGAAGUACCCCCUCGAUGUCCGCAUGAACUGCCACGUCACCAAGGUCACCUUUGACGAGUCCGGCGAGACCCCCCGCGCCACUGGCGUCGAGUUCCUCGACGGCCAGUACCUCUACAAGGCCAGCCCCCGCUCCGCCACCGCUGCCAAGGGAACCCCCGGCUCCGCCUCCGCCUCCCGCGAGGUCAUCGUCUCCGGCGGUGUCUACAACUCCCCCCAGCUGCUCAAGCUGAGUGGUGUCGGUCCCGCUGACGAGCUCAAGAAGUUCAACAUCCCCGUCAUCGCCGACCUCCCCGGUGUCGGCACCAACCUGCAGGACCACUACGAGAUCUCCGUCCAGGCCAACGCCCCCAAGAACUUCUCCUGCCUCGACGGCUGCACCUUCAACAUCUACGACCGCGACGACCCCUGCGUCGACCGCUGGGAGUCCCCCGUCCUCGGCAACCGCGGCAUCUACUCCUCCCCCGGUCUCGCCGCCACCAUGCUCUACAAGUCCUCCGUGACCGCCAACGACGACUUUGACAUCUUCUGCUUCGGCGGCCCCGUCAACUUCCGCGGCUACUUCCCCGACUACUCCAUCAACGCCACCGUCGACCACGACUGGUUCACCUGGGCCAUCCUCAAGGCCCACCCCCGCAACUUCGCCGGCACCGUCACCCUCCAGUCCGCCGACCCGCUCGACGUCCCCGACAUCACCUUCAACUACUUCGAGCACGGCGCCGACGAGGACCUCCAGGCCCUCUACGAGGCCAUCGAGCUCGCCCGUGACGCCUUCGACCGCCAGCCCGUCAAGGUCACCGAGGUCCUCCCCGGCCCCGACGUCAAGUCCAAGGAAGACAUCCAGGAGUACGUCCGCAACAGUGCCUGGGGCCACCACGCCUCCUGCACCUGCCCCAUCGGCGCCGACGACGACAAGAUGGCCGUCUUGGACUCCAAGUUCCGGGUCCGCGGUGUCUCUGGUCUGCGUGUUGUUGACGCUUCCGUCUACCCCCGCAUUCCGGGUACCUUCACUGCCGUCUCCACCUACAUGGUUGCUGAGAAGGCUGCUGAUGAGAUCUUGUCUGCGCUUUAA